GCCGCCAGCUGCGAAGAAUGGAGUCGCAACCUCUGGCUUCGGAGUCCGGCGUGGACGAGACCUUAGUGGCGCCGCUGGUGGAACUGGGCAUCCCGGAGGCUGAAGCGCGGCGGGCUCUGGCUCUCACCGGUGGUCGAUCCGCUGAAGCGGCCGCGCAGCUUUAUUUCGGCAGCGGCCUCGAUUCCCAGGACGAAGAUGACGCCCAGGGCUCCUACUACUUCAAGAUGGUCUUUGUGGUGAACAUGGAGCUCUCCAUGGGAACUGGAAAGAUUGCUGCUCAAGUGGGACAUGCAGCCGUUGGCCUUUUCCAGCUGAUGCAGGAGAAGUCUACUCACAAGGACAUAAUUAGCCAAUGGGAGGAACACGGUGCAAAGAAAGUAGUACUUCAGGGAUCCAACACUGACCAGUUGCUAGAGAUGCAUGCCUUGGCUUUGAGCCUGGAACUGCCGACAUACUUAGUACAAGAUGCAGGGAGGACUCAGGUUCUGGCUGGGUCCCAUACAGUCCUUGCCAUUAUGGGAGAAGAAGAGAUGGUGAAUCAGGUGACCGGGAAGCUAAAACUGCUCAACUGAGCGACGCUUCACAACUUGGGUCUGUUGGUUGUGGCUGGAGUUCGUGG